AUGGGCGACGAGGAGGCGGGCGAGACCGUCGCGGACCUCCCCCGCUUCGAGGCCGAUGCCGAGGCGAUCAGGGAGGCGGAUCUGAGGGCGGCAGCCGCCGCCACGUCCGCGCGAGGCGACCCGACGGGAGCGGGGGCGCCGCGCUUGGGCAACGGCAAACCGAGGAUCACCACCACGGCGCCGUGGGCGAUGGGCGCCAGACCCGCGCCGCCCGCGAGGCAGCGACGCACCGCCGCGCCGUGGGCGCCGCCCGCGCCCGGAAAACCCGGGACGAGCCCCGAGAAGCGCUCCGGCGUCGGCCUCGGAUCCAUGUCCGAGUUGGGCAAAUCUCUCCCUCCGCAUCAGUCGACCACCACCGCGCCGCUCCCGCCGCCGCCCCCGCCGCCGCAGGCGUUCCUGGACAACUGUCCGGGUCUUUCCGACAGGCGCAGCAGCCUGCGCGUGGAGGCCAUGACCUACGGCGCGCUGUUCGGCGGCGACGGCGCCGACGACGACGGGUGCCCCGUCGUGGUGCCCGUCUUCCAGCGGACGUACUGUUGGACGGAUGAGCAAGUCGCCGGGUGGUGGCGCGACGCCUUCCAGGGCGGCGGAAGGGCCGCCAAGCCCGCCGCGGACAGGCUGGCGCACGGUACCGGCCGGUGCCUCUUCCGCAGGGUCUCCGACGCCGACGACGACGGGUCAGAGCCGCGCGAGAGCCUGCUGUGCCUGGACGGGCAGCAGAGGUCGACGACGACGCAGCUCGCGCUCGCCGCGGUGCGAGACGCGGCGCUCGCGCUCGUGAACGCGGAGACGGUGCCGAGGGGUGCCGACGCGGGGGUGCCGAGGGGUGCCGACGCCGACGCCGACGCCGACGCGCUGAUCCGUCGCAUCGAGGCGGCGCUGUGGGUGCCCGGCGCCGACGCCGACGGAUGGAUUCGAUCGGCGGCGGCGGCUUCCUUCUCCUCGGCGGAUCUUGGCGCGAGUGAGACUCCGCCGUUCGUCGAGGGCGCCGUUCCGUCGGAGCUCCGAUUCCGGCUGCUCCCGUCGUGGGUGGACCGCGCUUCGUUCUUCGAGUGCAUCACCGCGGGCGCCGUGCACCACCGCGCGAGGGGGAUGGAUCCGGGAGGAGACGCACACGGUGAGUCACCGGGCGGUGAGUCACCGGGCCCGAAAGUGCGGUAUUCGGCUGGUACGUCGUCGACGCCGAUGGGCCGAGCCAAGGCUCUUCUGGACGCCAAAGCCGCCGACCUCGUCCGCGCGGGCGAUCGCGUCGCGUCCAUCGCCGCGCUGCGCGACGCCGUCGACGCCGCGCUGGUUGGCACCAAGCUGAUAUACGUCGAGGUGAAGGGCGACGACGUGGACCUGGCGCAGGCGUUUCAGUGGCUGCAGGAGAAGAGCCUCUUCGCGGGGUCGAUACUGUGGAACCGCGCGCCCGGCGUUGACUUCUCCGCGUGCGACCUCGUGCGCAACGCCCUCGUCGCCACCACGCUCCGCUUACCCCUCCGCGAGCAGGAGGCGUGGUACCGCGCCAUGUGGCUGGAUCCGCUGCAGCGAAGGUUGAGGGACGGCGGCUCGCCGCGCGCGUUUGACGCGCUGCUGAACGCGUUUCUGGUCGCCGAGGAUUCGAGGCGCGAGCGCGACGGGGCGCGAAUCGCGGUGCCGAGGGGUGCCGUCGCGGGGUUGCCGAGGGGUGCCGUCGCGACGGCGCUGGCGGCGGCGGACGGGACGCCGGUGGGCCCGCGAUACGUCUCGGCGACGGAGCGCGACUUUGGCGCGAUGAUGGAAUCGGACGCCGUCCCGGAAAAGUUCAAGAAGGGCGCGGGACCGGGAUCGCCCAUGUGGGUGUACUGCAGGUUCAGGAGCUACGUCGAGGAGGUGGCGCUGGGGGCGGCGGGGGUGGACCCGACGUCGAGGCGCGCGAAGAAGCCGGCGAAGCCCAGGAAUUUUGACAUCACGACGUCGGCGCCGCCGCCCGAGGAGGACGAAGAGGACGAGGACGAGGAGAAGAAUUCCGGGACUGGCGACGGGGACGGGAUGUGGGGAGGGGUGGAGGGCGCGCGCGACGGUGGGGAGGACGGAAACGACGCGGUUCUCAUCACGGAGGAGGUGACGCGGGUGGUGUUGGCCAGGGUGGUGGAAUACGCGGAGAGAAACGGACACUUUGCCGAGUAG